ACUGGAGUUGAUCUUUUGCUGGGCAAUCCUGUGUCAGUGAAUUUGCUGUUUGUUUAUUUUUUCUGUUGCAUGUGUGACCCUGCCCUUGUUGCAGUGGAACUAGGAUUGUUCUUGGGAUAAAUGCUUUAUUAAAAAAGCUUUGCUGGAGUUGGACUGCUCAAAUCAGCUACUUUGGCUGAUGAAGGAACGCCCUGCACUGAAAGCUGUUUUACUGCAGCCAGAUAAGAAAAUUGGGUCAAGCUGGCUGCCUGGAUUUGAAGAUAGGUCUUCUGUUCCCUACACUGAAACUUUAAUUUAUGAAGUGUUCAACAUGCAUCUUAGAUGCCUUUCAUGAUUCGUCAUUGUACCACUGAAGAUAUUGUAUUGAGUGGAUAUUUUAUUGCCAAAGAUUCCUGUGUUUUCAUUCAUCAAUAUCAAAUCAACUAUGACAAGUGCUUUUACUUCUGGAAAUGAUGUUUGAGGCAAAGAUUUCCCUUUCAGAGAUGAUGGCCGCCCUCUUUACUAUAACAUUCAUUUUAAUUUCUGUAAGAAUAAUAGGUAAUAUGACCAAAAAGAACAUCCUCCCUCCAGGUCCAUGGCCAUUACCAAUUGUAGGGAAUCUGCUUCAGCUUGGAGAGCAUCCUCACCUUUCAUUUAUCCAAAUGAGGAAAAAAUAUGGGGACGUGUUUCUCCUAAAGCUGGGGAUGAUACCUGUUGUGGUGGUGAAUGGUCUAGAUAUGGUGAAACAAGUAUUACUCAGAGACGGAGAGAGUUUUGCUGGCAGGCCCAAGAUGCACACCUUUUCUUUCUUUGCUGAUGGAAAAAGUCUGUCAUUUUCUGUAGAAUAUGGAGAGAGCUGGAAACUCCACAAGAAAAUUGCCAGUAAAGCGUUAAGAUCCUUUUCGAAGUCAGAAGCCAAAACUUCUACUUGCUCUUGUCUUCUGGAAGAGCACGUAUGUGCAGAAGCUUCAGCACUGGUGAAAAUGUUCUUGGAGCUCUCCUUAGAGAAAGGUGCCUUUGACCCCACUGGUAUUACCACCUGCACUGUUGCAAAUGUUGUCUGUGCCCUGUGCUUUGGCAAAAGGUAUGAAUAUAAUGAUGAAGAGUUUCUUAGCAUGAUUAGGAUCAAUGCAGAUUUUCUAAAAGCCACAAGUGUUGUCAACCCAGCUGAUUUUAUACCCUGGUUUCGUUACCUUCCAAUCCCUGCUGUGAAGGCUGUCCAUGGGUUUUAUGAGAUCUUAAACAACUUCAUCGCACAACGGGUAGAAGAACAUUAUACUACAUAUGAUAAGAAUCAUCUCAGAGACAUUACUGAUGCUCUAAUAAGUAUAAGCAAUGACAAGAGAAGUGAUGGGAAAGCUCCACCCUUAUCUAAUGAUAAAAUAAUAAGUACUGUGAAUGACAUCUUUGGAGCUGGGUUUGAUACAGUGUCAACAUGUCUAUUUUGGAUCUUCCUAUAUUUGGUAAACAACCCACACAUUCAGACAAAAAUUCAAGAAGAAAUUGAUGGAAAGAUUGGACUCAGGUCACCAAGAUUUGAUGACAGGAAAGGUUUGCAUUAUACAGAAGCUUUCAUAAGUGAAAUCUUAAGGCACACUUCAUUUAUACCAUUUACCAUUCCUCACCGUGCAACAAAAGAAACCAUUCUCAAUGGGUACCUCAUUCCCCAAGACACCUGUAUCUUUGUUAAUAUGUAUCAAGUAAAUCAUGAUGAAACAUUAUGGGAAAAUGCUGAUUUGUUUAGACCGGAGAGAUUUCUGAAUGAAAACGGUGAACUCAACAAAAGCCUCGUUGAGAAAGUUUUGGUUUUUGGAAUGGGAAUAAGAAAGUGUCUGGGAGAAGACAUAGCUCGUAAUGAGAUUUUUAUUAUUCUCACCACCAUUUUGCAACAGCUGAAGCUUGAGAAAUGCCUUCAAGACCAGCUAGAUCUGACCCCAGUGUAUGGAUUAUCCAUGAAACCUAAACCAUACCAAAUUCAAGUGGCACUGCGCACCUGAACAGUGCAUCUGGAGAAGAUGCACUUCAAAACAUAAUUAUCACUCAGUAAAUUAGUGUAGGGAAAUCUAUUAUUCAUAGUGUAGGUUAUCCAUUACCUAAGCUACUGGAGUGCAUCUUUUAAUGAAAGGUGUAUAACAAUAAACAAUCUCUUAAAUCACCUUCUCUGAUUGUACUAAUCAGUUAACUGCAGGUUAUGUUAUUGUUAACUCUUUGAAUAAGCUGAGUUAAUUUUUGUUUGUAACUGACUAUUUUAGUGCACCUCUUCUCACUGAUUUCCUAAAAUAAAGUUUAAAAAUGCUUUUCAGUUUUAAUUAAGAAAGUCAAUGGUUAUGUUCAAUGAAAUCUUCCCCCACAUGAAACUAUUCCAUGUUCCCUCUCACUGAUGUCUCUUUUUUAUUUCAUUGCCUUAAACUUGAAGAUUCUUGUAGGUGCAUGAAGUGUUUUAAAACUAGGGCAGUCUAUGAGGACAUUUCGGUAUAUA